AAUGAAAUUCAAGAUAGGGAUCCAGAAGCCAGUCCAGGCCCUGCCACCCAAGCAUAUAAAGAGGUAAAAUACGCACCAGAAAACCAUUUUCGAUCAAUCUACGAGAUAGAAAACAGAAUUAUCGAAAAAGAGCCACUCUCAAAAGCCAUAGAAUUUUUAGAAAGAAGACCUGAUCCCAAUAGACA